AAUAUUAACGUACAUUGAUGGAAAGUAAUAUGCCUCAAAACAAAGUCGCUUGUCGUUUACAUCUACAUAAUGUCAUAUAGAGGUACACGAGUGUUUUUAGCUCAGCUAUAAUAUCGGAGAAAAGCUGAAACACUUGCGAUUUCUUUAUUAUCAGUGGGCUAAGAUGACAAAAUUGACCUCAGAUAAUUUCAGCCAUAAAAACACUGUGCAUAUAUUACAGUUAUCAUCACAUUAUGCGUUGAGGAAUUGCAAAGAAACAAACCAACCACAUAAACUCGUUGAUAGAAAUACAAACAAAAUUAACCUAUACACCGACGCAACCGACAUCUCUCAGUCUCAACCUUGGAUCUCGGUCCAGAUUCAUUUUUAGUGCGUUUAAGUUUAAACUCAUCUGUUUGUUUCCAAAUAAUUGUCGUGUCGUUUUGUCAGUUGUGUUUCGGAGUUUCAUCAGCAAUGAAGCUGGCGAUUAUAGUUCUUAUAUUGGCUGUAAUUGGGGUUUGCCAAGCAGCAAUAUCUGAUGAAGUAGAAGCAAGAAAAUUUGCGAAAAAAGUGAGUGGGGAUUUGUACAACUUCUAUGACAAUAUAGCUGAGAAAGCAUUUAACGCUGAUGAAGAUGAUUUCGAGUCGCUCUUUUCUAGUGUGGAAACUAUUCGAGCUACUUCAAAAGCCCUUGUAGAAGUUGUUAAGGAUUCAAGGCAAUUUGACUAUAAUAAAUUCAAAGAUUCAGAUCUGCGUGAAGUUUUCAGGACUAUUUCGAAGUCAGCAGGUCUACUUAUCUUGGAGGAGGAAUACUUCUCGACAGUUGCAAGUACACUUAAUUCCCUUAAGGAGUUGGCUAGUGACAAGGACAUUGAGAAAUACAAAUGUAUCGAUUGUGAAUACUUAUCAUAUUUCCCUGAUGUUCAGAAACUCAUUACUCAAAGUAAUGAUCCAGAUGAGUUAUUGUAUUAUUGGCAAAAUUGGAGGGAGAAAAACAGCCAAUGGUCUGCCAUUCAUUUCUACACUCUUAUUCAGUCAUUGAAAACAGCAGCAAAUUUAACGGGUGUUCCGGUUCUUGAACUCUGGUCGGAGUUUUACGAUAUCGAAGAAAUGGAAAAUGUCAUGCUUCAAGUGCGUCCACUUUACCAACAAUUGCAUGCAUUCAUCCGCAAUCAGCUUUACGAAAAGUAUGGACCACUAAUUGUUAAGGAAAAUGGCCCAAUUCCUGAUCAUUUGUUUCAGCAAGUCCUUGCACAAGCUUGGACUAAUGACAGCGUUAUCGAUGAUAUCUAUCCGCACAAAAAUCUUCCCCCUUACGACAAAAUCCUAUCAGAGAAUGAAUUUAAUGCCAAUAUGAUGUUUGGAAUAGCCAGCGACUUUUAUAAGACUCUUGGAUUUGAUCCAAUCCCCAAGGAAUUUUGGGAUAGUCGAUUUAAAUUGAACUCGAACUCCGACACCGGUGACUGCCGGGCUGAUAUUUAUGACCUUACUUCAAAUGUGCAUAUGAAAUUCUGUCACAAGGUUGACUUCAGAAAAUUUCUCCAAGCUCAUGGAUACAUGGGAAGAAUCUACUACGCUUUGGAGAAGAAAAAUUUACCCUUCUAUUACUUUAGCUCAUAUGACUUGGAAUAUCCUUUGGGAGAAGCUUCAAUUCUAUCCGCAUCAACGCCAAAACAUUUAAAGGAAAUUGGUCUAGUGAAGAAUUUCGAUUUUAGCGCGGAUGUUCAGAUGAACAGACUUUUAAGAAUGGGUAUCCACACUAUGAUGAACUUACCGACAUUUUUUGUGCACACAAAGGUCAUGCAUGACCUUCUUGCUGACACAGUCGAUAUUGAAAAUCUGAACAAGCACUACUGGAAGUUAAUGGAUGAGUUCGCUGGAGUCGAACCUCCUACAGAUCGACCUGACAAUUUCUUUGAUUUUCCCUUUAAAUUUUACAUUGAUCUUGAUGAAAACACUCAAGCAAGAAAAUUCGUUUCGGAAAUAUUGGGUUAUCAAUUCUAUAGGAAACUUUGUGAGAUCAGUGGACAAUAUCCUGCGGCACCAUUGAACAAUUGUGAUUUCUUUGGUAGUAAAGCGGCUGGAGAUGCACUUAAAAAAAUGAUGAAAUUAGGUUCGUCGAAACCAUUCCAUGAGGUUUUGGGUCAACUGUUACCUGGAGAUGCAAAAUUAAAUGGCGAGGGUUUACUAGAAUAUUAUAAACCAAUUGCUUCUUUUCUUGAGGACAAAAAUAAAGAAUCAGAAGUAAAGAUUGGGUGGAUUCCAUCGAAGAGAAAGGUUGCUUGAACAAUAAUGGAACAUCUUUAAGCAUAAUAACAAAACGCGUCUUUAUUUUUUAAGAGCUAAAAUUUUGAUGAUUUAAUAAAGUUUUUUUUUUAAAUAAUAAAGAAGUUUAAAAAUACAAAAAUGUAGUGUGAAUAUAAACUUCAUGAAAAUAAAAUAUAUUUUUUCAACUA